UGGGGGAAUCGGCACGAUCUGGGAUUUAUCUGGGAAAAGCGCCCUCGGUAGAAAAAACCGGGUCGAAACCGGCCGAAGCCCCGGCGGGACUGCGAGCGUCAGCACCGUGGACUCCACCGCGGUUUUCUCCCCACAACAGGCGACUGAAUCCGUCCACUCUGAGCUGCGCUGAGCUGUCGGCAAACGAAGAUGGAUCAGCUGUCAGACGAGGAGGUGGAGGUCAGGGGGGAGGAGGAUGAGGAAGAGGAGGACAGUGAUAAGGAGGACCAGGACCUGGAUAAGAUGUUCGGGGCCUGGUUGGGAGAGCUGGAUAAACUCACACAGAGCUUGGAUGACGGUCGCCCGGAGCCCGUCCCGCAGCAGAAGGCUCCCCUUCUGAGACAAGAGACCAACAUGGCCAACUUCUCCUACAGAUUCUCCAUCUACAACAUCAACGAGGCGCUGAAUCAGGGUGAGAACGUGGACCUGGACGCUCUCAUGGCCGAUCUCUCCUCCAUCGAGCAGGAACUCAGCACCAUCAACAGCAAACCUGGCGGCGGCAGCGGCAUGGCGCGACUGGGGCUGACCGACACCAAGGUCCGACAGAAGCCUCCCGCUGGGCGCAGCGGCAGGCAGCAGCCAGCGGGGGGCAGCAGCGGGGGCAGCGGUGGGGGGGGCAGCAGUGGAGCCAGCAGCAGCAGCAGCAGCACCAGGGCGUCGCCCGCCGGCACCAUCAGAGCUCCCAGCGGCCAUCAGGGACGGCCUCCGCUGGCCUCCAACUUCAGUCUGGACGACAUCACCGCCCAGCUAGAGAAGGCGUCUCUCAGCAUGGACGAAGCGGCGCGUCAGAGCUCCUCCCACUCUCUCAGCUCCGCCUCCUCCUACACGUCAGCCACGAUGCGACGGCCCGGUUCGUGCCCGCGCCAGCACCGGCGCACGGGAUCGGUGGGCACGGUCAGCGAGCACGAGGCGCGGUCGAUCGUCCACUCCUCGCGCUCAUCCGUCACGUCGGCGUCCGGCGUCUCGGUGAACUCGGCCUCCUCCAUGGACUCGCUGGACAGCGUCCUCCGCUCCGAGUCGGACGGCCCGCAGGCCUCGGGCGAAGGAGCCGCUCAGAGUCAUCCCAGCACAGAGCACUCGUAUCUGGACAAAGAGACCUCUCUGAUUCUGAGAAACAUAGCAGGAAAACCCUCCCACCUGCUGACCAAGGAGGAGCAGGCUGCCAAGCUGAAGGCAGACAACAUCCGAGUGGCCCUGGAGAAGAUCAAGGAGGCCCAGGUGAAGAAGCUGGUGAUUCGUGUCCAUCUGUCAGACGAGAGCUCAAAGACCAUGAUGGUGGACGAGAGACAGACGGUCAGACAGGUUCUGGACAGCUUGCUGGACAAGUCUCACUGUGGUUAUAGUCCAGACUGGUCGCUGGUGGAAACCAUCUCUGAGCUGCAGAUGGAGCGGAUCUUCGAGGAUCACGAGAACCUGGUGGAGAACCUGCUCAACUGGACCAGAGACAGCCAGAACCAGCUCAUGUUCACCGAGCGCAUCGAGAAGUACGCCCUGUUCAAAAACCCCCAGAACUAUUUGUUGGGGCGUAAGGAGACGUGUGAGAUGGCCGAGAGGAACAAGGAAGCUCUGUUGGAGGAGUGUUUUGGGGGCACCUCGGUUUCUGUCCCUGAGAUGGAGGGAGUCUUGUGGCUGAAAGAGGACGGCAAGAAGUCGUGGAAGAAGCGCUACUUCCUGCUGAGGGCAUCCGGCAUCUACUACGUCCCGAAGGGCAAACCCAAGGCGUCCAGAGACCUGGUGUGUUUCCUGCAGCUGGAUCACGUUAACGUCUACCUCGGGCAGGACUACAAGAGCAAGUACAAGGCCCCGACAGACUACUGCAUGGUGCUGAAGCACCCUCAGAUCCAGAAGAAGUCCCAGUACAUCAAGUACUUGUGCUGUGAUGACAUCAGAACCCUCCAACAAUGGAUCAACAGCAUUCGCAUCGCAAAGUAUGGGAAGCAGCUGUACGUCAACUUCCAGGAAGCGAUGAGGAGAUCGGAGGCGGCUUACGAUUGGUCCUCUCUCUCCUCGUCCUCCAUCAAGUCUGGAUCCAGCUCGUCCAGCCUUCCAGAGUCCCAGUCCAACCACUCCAGCCAGGACAGCGGCGUAUCGGAGAUGACGUCGUCAGGCCACACCCGCUCCCAGAGCGUGGUCAGCUCCAUCUUCUCUGAUGCCUGGAGGAGAGGAACGCAAGGAGACGUGAUGAAGAUCGACUACGAUCAGUAAAACCAAUCACAUGAGAUCCCGACCUGUCCCCCCAGUCUCUCCGCUCUCCCAGCCCCAGACUCCCCCCUCCCGGAGCAGAUACACGGACGGCCCUGGCGCCCGUCGGACGACUCGUCCCCGUCGGCUGCCUCCCACCCGCCCCGCACGCCCAGGCCUCCUGCCACAGCGGCCCGACCUCCGCUCCUACGUCAAGAACGCUGGACCGCCUCACAGAACCAGAACCAGACUCCAGGCCCGGAGCCAGCUCCGCUACCAUCCCCCCCCAGUCCAGCAAGCCCAACUACAACACCCUCCCCGCGCCUAGCAGCUCCUCCCCUCCGUCCCCACCCGCCUCCCUCCCACCGCAGCGCGCCGGCUCCCGGCUCGGCCAUGGCCGCGUUGAAGUUCAGUGCCGAGCCUGCAUCCUCCUCCCCGCCGCCCCCCGCUGGAGGAGGAAGCCCCGGAGCCGCCCUACCUCCCCCUCCUCUACCGGAGAGUCUGGAAGCCAACGGGAUGCCGCCGCCCCCUCCUCCGGACCCUCAGCUCUCCAACUCGGGCCUGCAGCAGUUCCUGUCGCAGAAGUUUCCCAACAUGGUGUACGACUUCAGCCAGUCCGCCGACGGCACCUCUCCGCCUCCUCCCCCCCCCUGCUGAGCUCUCUCUCCCCCGGGCUCGCUGCAGGUUCUUCCGGCCCCUGUCCCCCGCGCGCGCCCCCCGCCACCUCCCAAGACAGCGGCGGGUAUUCCUCCACAGACCGCUCCCAAGCGCUCGGGUCCCUCCUCCCCCAUCGCCCUCUCGCCCGUGUCUCCGACGCUGCCCCAGACCGGACACGGCCCGUUCAAAAAAAGCAGAGCAUUCUCCACGGAACACUCCCCGAACCAGCCCCCCCCCACUCUGCCGAAGCAGCACAGCCUCUCCUCCAAGAACCUGGCCAUCUCUUCGUCUGCAUCCUCCUCUUCUGUCUCCAUCGCAGCUGCUACCUCCUCUUUGGUCAAACAGAUUGUCAAUCAGUUCCCGGGAAACGCCCGCCUCUCCUCGGCCUCCGGCUCCUCCGCUCCUCAGUCUCCUCCGCGGGUGAAGGCCAAACCCAGGUGGCAGCCGGGGGGGGUCGUGGCCCCGCAGUCCCCCGAGUUCCCCCCGCCGCCCCCCGACACGGCUCCCUGGGAGACUUCCCACCUCCGCCCUCUUCGUCGAUCCUCCUCCUCCAAGACGGGCUCCCCCAUCAAGAAGUCGCCUUCCACCUCCUCCACGAUCCGGCAAGCGCGGCCGCCCGCCCCCCAGCGGGCGUCCUCCAUCCGGGACGGCCAGGAGGAGAAGCCCAAGAAGGUGGAGAGCCUGGUGAGCAAGUUCGGCCAGCAGGGCGCUCAGACGGGGACGUCGUCGAGCUCCUCGUCGGCGACGGGCUCUCCGGCGAAAGAGUCGGCGCUCCCCGCCCCCCUCCCCAAGCCGGGGAAGCUCAACCUGUCCAACCUGCCGCUGGCGCUGCAGGGGCUGCAGAGCGGCCCGCACCCCCAGCCCCCGGACUUCCCUCGCCCCCCGCCGCCGCCUCCCCGCACUCAGCCCACUGCCCCUGACUCGUCCCCCGACUACUUCCCGCCUCCCCCCAGCGACUCGGAGCUUCCCCCUCCCCCUCCGCCGUCGGACUUCCACCAGCCCCCGAAGGUGGCGGUGGUGAACCCCAGCCCAGAUGCAGCCGUCUCCGCGUCGGCCACCUCCUCCUCCUCCUCGUCCUCGUCGUCAUGGAAACAAGGCUCGCUCAAAAAGGGGGCGGGGCCUCUGCCGACACUGAACCGGCGCAGCAACACGGCCCAGUACGACACCACCAUGUCUCUGCCCCUCUCCCCCCCGCCUCUCUCCCAGACCCGCCUCCCUCCCCUGUCCUCCUACUCCUCUCCUCCUCCUCCCCCCGUCCCCCCCACCUCCCCCAAAUCUGCCGCGGCCCCGGGCUCCCUGGCGUUCAAGCCUCACUUCCUGGAGGUGAACCGCACGCUCAAGAGGAAGUCGGUGUCGCGGCACAGCUCGCUCACCUCCUCCUCCCACCUGAUCUCCACCAAGAUGGAGCCCCACGUGGGCACCAUGGACGACAUGGCGCUGCUGCCGCCGCCGCCCCCCGAGCUCCUGCUGCAGCAGCAGCAGCAGCAGGGCACCAGGGGACACUCCCAGACUCUGUCCCGCCACCACACGCACAUCCACUCCACCAAACACGCCAACAUCUCAGGCUAUGCAACGUUGCGGCGGCCGCCUCCCGCGCCCCCCAAACGGGACCAAAGCACCAAACUGACCAGUGACUGGUAG